GAGUUUUGAGACAGCAAUGCUGGCUUGGGAAAGUACGAGUCGACUCAGCACAGAUCUUGGUCCACGGAGAGGAUGGAGCCUCACCAUUACGUGCACGCGGUGUACGGUGCACCGAUGGACUCACUGUCUCACCCCAGUGGGCCCCACAUGUCGGCGAGACGGCGCACGAGUCCGAAAGGGGAAGAGAGAGAGAGAGAGAGAGAGGGAGAGAGAGACGCGGCUGCAGUGUUCGACGGCGGCCAUGGCGGCGGCGGCGGCGGAGAGCGUGGUGGUGGUGCACAACGUGGCGAAGCGGCACAACGUUGGGACGCUGGCGCGGAGCGCGACGGCGUUCGGGGUGGCGGAGGUGGUGGUCGUCGGCCGCCGCGACGUCAGCGCCUUCGGCAGCCACGGCGCCACCUCCCACCUCCGCUUCCGCCACUUCGCCUCCCUCCCCCUCGCCCGCGCCUACCUCAAGGACGAGAGGGGGUGUGACAUCUGCGGCGUGGAGAUCACCCACGACGCGCUGCCGGUGACGGCGCAUCCAUUCCGCCGGAGCACCGCCUUCCUCUUUGGCAAUGAGGGUACAGGACUCUCGGAAAAGGAGUGUGCGAUCUGUGACUUUUUUGUCUACAUUCCUCAGUACGGUGGUGGGACUGCAUCAUUGAAUGUUACAGUUGCAGCGUCGAUUGUUCUCCAUCACUUUGGAGUCUGGGCUGGCUUUCCAGAACGAGGGCGAGAAGGCAAUAAAUUCGUUGUAGCUGACAAACCAAAGGGCCAAUCUAGGGGGCUCUACUGUAACGACUCAAUUGAAGAAGUGAUUGAAGAACGGAAGAUGCGAAGAGAAAAUGCCUGUGACAUAUUUGAGGAAAAUGGAAGUAGUGAGCAUCAAGAAUCAAAUGUUUUAAGCAUGAUGCUUUCAGACUAGAGUAUCCCCUCCUCUCAAUUUGCUAAUCCAAUCCCUGCAUUGGUUGAGGGCGAAAAUGCUUCGAUGAGAUUUGCAAUACCAGAAAACCACACGCAGCGCAAUAUCUGGCUCUGGUUUAUCUUUGCCAAGGGACGCAGACAUAUAUUGAGUAUAUUUCAGAGAACCCAUGGUUUUUUUUUGUUACAGUUGCAGUUUUAUGGCUUCGCAAGGAACGCAAGUGCUGCAUCCCUUCUAACAGAAAUCUUGUGGAAUCAGGGGCAAUGUUUAAGAGAAUACCUUCAAACCAGGGUCCAGGGGUAAACAAGUUAUAUUUUGCUGUGAAAUAUUUCUGUCCCAUCCAUUUUAUGUUCUAAACAGCUUGUGACGUCUUAACUUUCUCGCUCCCAUUGUGAUGAACUCAUGAAAUGUCAUGUUUUUUCUUA